GUCCAGAAGGAACUUUGUCCUGCGUGAGCCUGGAUUAAUCAUGAGAGAGCUCGUCAACAUUCCACUGGUACAUAUUCUUACUCUGGUUGCCUUCAGCGGAACUGAGAAACUUCCAAAAGCUCCUGUCAUCACCACUCCUCUUGAAACAGUGGAUGCCUUAGUUGAAGAAGUGGCUACUUUCAUGUGUGCAGUGGAAUCCUACCCCCAGCCUGAGAUUUCCUGGACCAGAAAUAAAAUUCUCAUUAAGCUCUUUGACACCCGGUACAGCAUCCGGGAGAAUGGUCAGCUGCUCACCAUCCUGAGUGUGGAAGACAGUGAUGAUGGCAUUUACUGCUGCACUGCCAACAAUGGUGUGGGAGGAGCUGUGGAGAGUUGUGGAGCCCUGCAAGUGAAGAUGAAACCUAAAAUAACUCGUCCUCCCAUAAAUGUGAAAAUAAUAGAGGGAUUAAAAGCAGUCCUACCAUGUACUACAAUGGGUAAUCCCAAACCAUCAGUGUCUUGGAUAAAGGGAGACAGCCCUCUCAGGGAAAAUUCCCGAAUUGCAGUUCUUGAAUCUGGGAGCUUGAGGAUUCAUAACGUACAAAAGGAAGAUGCAGGACAGUAUCGAUGUGUGGCAAAAAACAGCCUCGGGACAGCAUAUUCAAAAGUGGUGAAGCUGGAAGUUGAGGUUUUUGCCAGGAUCCUGCGGGCUCCUGAAUCCCACAAUGUCACCUUUGGCUCCUUUGUGACCCUGCACUGUACAGCAACAGGCAUUCCUGUCCCCACCAUCACCUGGAUUGAAAACGGAAAUGCUGUUUCUUCUGGGUCCAUUCAAGAGAGUGUGAAAGACCGAGUGAUUGACUCAAGACUGCAGCUGUUUAUCACCAAGCCAGGACUCUACACAUGCAUAGCUACCAAUAAGCAUGGGGAGAAGUUCAGUACUGCCAAGGCUGCAGCCACCAUCAGCAUAGCAGAAUGGAGUAAACCACAGAAAGAUAACAAAGGCUACUGCGCCCAGUACAGAGGGGAGGUGUGUAAUGCAGUCCUGGCAAAAGACGCUCUUGUUUUUCUCAACACCUCCUAUGCGGACCCUGAGGAGGCCCAAGAGCUACUGGUCCACACGGCCUGGAAUGAACUGAAAGUAGUGAGCCCACUCUGCAGGCCAGCUGCUGAGGCUUUGUUGUGUAACCACGUCUUCCAGGAGUGCAGUCCUGGAGUAGUGCCGACUCCUAUUCCCAUUUGCAGAGAGUACUGCUUGGCAGUAAAGGAACUCUUCUGUGCAAAAGAAUGGCUGGCAAUGGAAGAGAAGACCCACAGAGGACUCUACAGAUCUGAGAUGCAUUUGCUGUCAGUGCCAGAAUGCAGCAAGCUUCCCAGCAUGCACUGGGACCCUACAGCCUGUGCCAGACUGCCACAUUUAGAUUAUAACAAAGAAAACCCAAAAACAUUCCCACCAAUGACAUCCUCAAAGCCAAGUGUGGACAUUCCAAAUUUGCCUUCCUCCUCCUCUUCUUCCUUCUCUGUCUCACCUACGUACUCCAUGACUGUAAUAAUCUCCAUCAUGUCCAGCUUUGCAAUAUUUGUGCUUCUUACCAUAACUACUCUCUAUUGCUGCCGAAGAAGAAAACAAUGGAAAAAUAAGAAAAGAGAAUCAGCAGCAGUAACCCUCACCACACUGCCUUCUGAGCUCUUACUAGAUAGACUUCAUCCCAACCCCAUGUACCAGAGGAUGCCACUCCUUCUGAACCCCAAAUUGCUCAGCCUGGAGUAUCCAAGAAAUAACAUCGAAUAUGUGAGAGACAUUGGAGAGGGAGCAUUUGGAAGGGUGUUUCAAGCAAGGGCACCAGGUUUACUUCCCUAUGAACCUUUCACUAUGGUGGCAGUAAAGAUGCUCAAAGAAGAAGCCUCGGCAGAUAUGCAAGCGGACUUUCAGAGGGAGGCAGCCCUCAUGGCAGAAUUUGACAACCCUAACAUUGUGAAGCUCUUAGGGGUGUGUGCUGUCGGGAAGCCAAUGUGCCUGCUCUUUGAAUACAUGGCCUAUGGUGACCUCAAUGAGUUCCUCCGCAGCAUGUCCCCUCACACCGUGUGCAGCCUCAGUCACAGUGACUUGUCUAUGAGGGCUCAGGUCUCCAGCCCUGGACCCCCACCCCUCUCCUGUGCUGAGCAGCUUUGCAUUGCCAGGCAAGUGGCAGCUGGUAUGGCUUACCUCUCAGAACGUAAGUUUGUUCACCGAGAUUUAGCCACCAGGAACUGCCUGGUGGGCGAGCACAUGGUGGUAAAAAUUGCUGACUUUGGCCUCUCCAGGAACAUCUACUCAGCAGACUACUACAAAGCUAAUGAAAACGACGCUAUCCCUAUCCGUUGGAUGCCACCAGAGUCCAUUUUUUAUAACCGCUACACUACAGAGUCUGAUGUGUGGGCCUACGGCGUGGUCCUCUGGGAGAUCUUCUCCUAUGGCCUGCAGCCCUACUACGGGAUGGCCCAUGAGGAGGUCAUUUACUAUGUGCGAGAUGGCAACAUCCUCUCCUGCCCUGAGAACUGCCCCGUGGAGCUGUACAAUCUCAUGCGUCUAUGUUGGAGCAAGCUGCCUGCAGACAGACCCAGUUUCACCAGUAUUCACCGAAUUCUGGAACGCAUGUGUGAGAGGGCAGAGGGAACUGUGAGUGUCUAAGGUUGAAGACGUUCAAAUAAAAUGCUGCAGUUUCCUCUCAGACUCUGUGAGCCAGGGGAAUCCUACACCAGAGGCCCGACAAGACCCACAUAGGAAAGAGUAAGAGUAGACAUGAGUAGCAUGUUGUUU